AUGACUUUUCAGUAUAGACGAGAUUCGAAGCCCUCCACAGAUAAUCCGGCUGGAGUGACUCGUGGUUCAAGUGAAUACACCGAGACACAAAUAGAUGCGAGCACACGAGACUCCUUGCCAAAAUACUAUCCAAGAGAUCAUGAAGUUACCCGAUGGCUUGUAAACCAAAUGCGUUGUAGAAAUGGCCUUCAUCAUUUGGUGAAUCUUGCAAAUGUUCAACCCAGUCUACUCUCAGCCUAUUUCGAAUUAUAUGACCAACCACAUUUGUACAUCGAUGCUAGAACCGGUCCAGGUAUGCCAGCCUAUGGAAUUAAAACGGUGCUUUAUCUAACCCCACUGGCUAUCGCUAUCUACUUCCGUUUACGUUCAGUUUUACGUUUACUACUGGACACUUCUGGGACAAGAAUUCAUGCCCGAGCACGACAAGAGAUUGAUGUGAAUGCUACAUGCUACGUUCGUCGAGUGAAACCCCGGCCCGGACCAUUUGUCAUGGAUGAAUACUCAACCACACAUCCGGCAAUCAUAGCAGUUCGAAGGGAGUUUUUCGCCGGCCUCACAAUACUCAUGUCGGCUAAUUUCCAUCCACAAGCACCGAUAGGAAUCAUUGAACGAUUGGGCACAACACGGGAAACCACACAUUGGUUUGUAGACCUAUUGGACUUUUGUGUAAAACUACUAAACACGCGUCCGGGAGUGGAUGUAAUUGGAUUGUUACAAACAAUUAGCUAUCGCAGUCUGUCCGAUAGCAAUUCGACUGCAUGCUACUACGACCCAUGUGUGUACGAUGUCCGACCAGCUGUGCCAGAGCCUGGAAGACCAGAUACGAAUGAGGAGGUUUGGUGCUCCGUUUUUCAUCGUCUUGCUCGUAAAGGAGCUAGUCGGAGCUAUUCGAAUUGUGGCAAUCGAUUGAUCGGCCUACUAGAACAUGUCGCAGCGGCCGGUUUUUUUCGACAGAAAUAUAUGCCUAAAGGUCCAGUUCAGUAUGAUGUGGAUUUGCUUAAUCGAAAAGGAAAUCGUAUGGUCGGUGCUCGAAAAAUGACACCCGAUCAAAUCAACAAACUGACUGGGCCUGAAAAGGAGACAGCCCGUAUUAGUAUUGCCGCGGACCGAGACGCUUGUUUGUGUUUGCUAACUCUGUGGUUGGAACGUGUGCGAAACCGAUGCCUCGAUAGACAAGCACAACGUCUAUUCAGACUGUUAACCACCGGUUUAGCUGACACUGGACUUUUAAGUGACUUCCUGUUCCCACCACCUGAAGUCGAUUCAUCCAAUAUUUUGCAUCCCUACUGGUUAUCAAUGGGAUUGGCUAAGAAUACAAAUAAACAGACUAACUCGCAGACCAUGCUCCCGGUGGACUUUUUAGAUGACGACGCUAAUGAAAUAUGCGAACUGGAACCGCCUCAAGUGAACGAAAUUCGACAAGAAGUUGGUAUUCUUGGACAUGCGCUCGGAUUGGUGGAUUACUCGGAAAAACUGUAUAAUCUAGGCUAUCCACGUCUGGUCGAAAUUAUGCCUGUGAGUGGAGCGGUUGGAGAUGCCGAGAACUACUUGCACGAACGAGCUACCUUACAGUCCGGAGGAGAAAUAUACAAAGACGCGGUUGCCUCCCCAUCUCAAUUAGACUCACCGGAUAAUCUGUGCACUUCCGAGAACAUUGAUCGUAAGGGAAAUUUGAGUAGAUCUAGUGCAUAUGGGAAUACAAUUCUGACGCAUAUUCAACGUAGGCCAAGGGCAUCAAAUAGCCAACCGUACUGGUCUGGUCCGAAUCGAAAUAUGUCCACAUCUCCCACCGCACCGGGAAAACUCAGUCUUGCUAAUCCGAUUCCCCUGGAAGAUAGAAAUGAUAAUAUGCGCGAAAGUAUGACCACAGUCUGUACAAAAUCUCAUAUGGGCUCUGGCAAUCUAGACUCUACAAAUGUGGAAGCAAAAAUGGAACCGCAAUCGGAAAAAUGCGUUGAAACGAAAAAUAUCCCACCGAAAUCCAUAAACAAAAAAGAAGAAGUUUCACGUUCCGCGGAACGUUCAACACAUGGUAUGCAUACAACAAAUGGUUCAAAUCGGAACAACGCGUGGCGUAGCAGACAUUUGGACAAAAAAUCCCCAAGGUGA